AUGGCAUUUUUGGGUGCUAGAUGGCUCUUUCGAGCCCCGUUCGCUCGUUAUGCUAGUUCACAAGCCCGGAUCGACUAUUGCGAGCUGCCGAAUAAGGGUUAUUUGCACAUCAAGGGACCCGAUGCUGUUAAGUUCAUUAACGGGCUGGUGACCUCGAAGAUGUUACCCACCUAUGUGAAGAAAAAUCUGACAACGAUAUCGGUCGAGGAUGAAGAGUCAGCUGAAUACCAGAGUGUUGCCGAUUUCGACAUGGCGAAUGGAAACUGGGGAGUUUUCAAAGAGUUUGGCGCCCAUGGUCCGUACAUUUCACGAUUUGGAACCUACACUACCCUGUUGAAUAGCAAAGGGAAGUUGAUGACGGACGCAGUAAUAUAUCCCACACCAAUAUGGAUGGAAGAUACGGCAUCUCGAAAGUACCCGGAAUAUCUCGUUGAGAUGGACCGCAGCCUCAUCCCACAAGUGGGACAAAUCUUUCAAUCCCAUACCCUGGUGAGUAAGGUGAAAAGUAAAGCAGAACCGUUUGAGAGCCUCAAAACAUGGUAUCUGUCUAUAGCUUUCCCAUCUGGAAUCUCGGAAGAGAACCCUUGGUUAUCAAAUCUGAUCAAUCCCAUGGAAACGCUCAAGGCCCCCGAGGCUGCCCUAAACUUCGCCAAACAUGUAUUGACGACCUUCUUUGAAGGAAAUCAGGCGAGGGUUUUGGCGUGCUUUAUCGACCCCAGAAGUACGGAGGUGCUUCACGAGAGCCCGACGAACCCCCAGGUUUUCCGUUUAGUGACCAAGGCCGACGUCACCGAUUUACAUGACAUUAUCAAUGCCGCCCAGCUACCAUUUGAGUUUCAAGUUCAAAAGAUUGGAGCGGAGCAGGUACGAUACGAGCGUCUUGCACAUGGCUAUGUGGACGGCGUGGGCGAUUUCAAACCAGAGACCUCAUUGCCUUUAGAGUUAAAUUUCGACUUCAUUCCGAACGCUGUAAGUUUCGACAAGGGCUGCUACGUGGGCCAAGAACUAACGGCCAGGACGUACGCGACUGGCAUUCUGCGAAAGCGGGCCGUGCCCGUCGUCUUGCAGGCCUGGCCUACGUUGAAGAAGCUGUCGGGCUCAGAGAAAUACAUUCAAAUCUGGUGCGACUCCGACGAAUCGUCAAUGACCAGCCCACAGUCACUAAAUGGGUCGAGUCCAUUUGCAACCCCAUCUUCCAAGUUCAAGCGUCAGCGGCCUGCUGGCGUGUUGCUGUGCUUCGAGAAAGACCGUGGAGUGGCAGUACUACGGAAUGAACAUUUCAAAAAGGCUUUUGAAAGCCAUACUUCUGAACUCUACAUCAAGGUCGGUGAAGAAAAGGUCACUGUUCUUCCACAACAACCGUGGUGGUAUGAGGAAUGGGCCGAAGAUACCGACGACUCUCCAUGA